UUUCUGCUGCAAAAAAUGUUAGAGUGAACGUGAUAGGUGCUGGUGUGAUCGGGUUGACGUUUGGUUUGAUACUUCAAAGAAAGGGUUAUCAAGUGAAAAUAAUGGCCGAACAUUUUCCUGGUGAUCAUAAUAUCAAUUAUACAAGUCCUUGGGCCGGUGCUGACUGGAGAGCUAUUAAUUUAAAUGCUAGAGAACAAAAAUUCUUGGGAGAUUCUUUUAAAUAUUUAUGGGAUUUAGUGGAAACACCUGAUACUGGCAUAAUUCGUCUUCCACUUUACGAUUAUAUUGAAAAAUCAUAUUCGGAUGAUAAUACAUGGCUAGAAGAUUUGGUUCCAAAUUUUAAAAUUAUACCAAAAGAUGAACUUCCUCCUAACACCGGAUUUGGAACGAGUUAUACUACAGUUACAAUCGAUGUUGUUAAAUAUUUACCAUGGCUGCUCAAUCAAUUCGUCGAUGUCGGUGGUAAAUAUGAAAAGAGACAUCUUGCUAAUAUUAACGAAGCAAUGGAAGAUGAUGUAGAUGUGGUGGUGAAUUGUACAGGAAUUAUGGCUAGAUACUUUGGUGGUGUAGAAGAUUCAAACGUUUAUCCUAUAAGAGGUCAAAUUGUCACAGCUUGGGCCCCGCAUAUUAAAAAGGCCAUCCACCAUCAAGAUAAAGAUAGCGUUACAUAUAUUAUUCCUCGUGAAAAUGGUGUAGUUAUUCUUGGUGCACCUAAUCCAAGAGUUGCUGAAGAAAUCAUUAAAAGAUGCAUUAAAAUUUGUCCAGAAUUAACAUCUGGUAAAGGUGCAGAGUCGUUGGAAAUAAAAAGGCAUGCUGUUGGAUUAAGACCUGCUAGAAAAGGUAAUAUAAGGCUUGAAGUUGAAAUGAGAAAAAACCCUAAUGACAAAGACGUUAUAGUUUGUCAUAAUUAUGGACAUAGCUCAUAUGUUGGGGAACAUGUUUAG